AUGAGCCAAGAAAGUGGGGUAGAGAGCAAAAGGCUGCUAAGGUUCUUUCGGGGAAAGAAUGGGCCUAUGAGUGUAAAGGAGCUGCAGAGAACUCUCAAGUCCCUGUACAUCAUCAUCAGAUUCCAGAAAGAAAGGGCUCGAAAGAAGGAAAAAGUCCGUGCAAGCAGGCGCGGAAAUCUGCCAGAAAACAGAGAGAGCCGAGAGAUGCAGAAACAAGCCGUGCGAAAAGGGGAAAAAACAGCCCCACCCGCGAGAAAUCGCCACGUGCCAGCAAACACUCACCCCCUGGAGGGAGAAAAGCCGUUUUCAGGCGAAGUCCCAGGCACCCCCUCCACAAAAGCCCCGGAUUUUGCAGCGCCCUGCCCCAGGGAACCAGCAGCGCCCUUCGGAGGCGGAAUAACCGGAUCCCUGAGCGAGAUCUUCAAAAGUGCAGCUCUUGCCCAGAAAUCCCCCGAACUCUCUGCAUCCCACGGGAGAAACGGCGGAGAAGAACAGGCCCCGGGGAAGAGAGAGCCUUUUUCUGGAGAGAAGAAGCCGCAGAAGCCAAAGGACCCAAAAAUACCCGAGCAUCCACCAGCAGAGCCUGUUUACGGGUUUGAAAUACGGGAGAGUGCGAGGAAGGAGGUCCCAGGGAGUGGCCCUGCAUUUGCAUUUUCCCUCCCGAAUUGA